UGUAUGUAUAUACGCGAGCGAGUCAGCGCUCAACUGCCUCCGACGAGGCGGAUAGUCUCGCGUCAUCCGCGAUCGAGUCUCGAACUCUUUCAGACUCGCGCCGAUCUUCGAUAGUGUCUAUACAACGACAUCAUCAUCAUCGAUACACAUUCGUGUGUGAGGUGCAUGUGUCAGUGAAUCGAGCCCUUUGAUCCCUAAAUAUUGGGGUGUGUGAACGUGUUACUUUUUUUUUAUCUUCGAAUAAACGAGUGCGCUCCAAGAAUGUAGAUUCGUCGGAGACCAUUCACGAAGCCGCCAGCUUAAACGAGAAAGGACCGGAUCGUCUUUAGCUCGGUCUGUGCGUGGGAGCAUAGCAAAAAUAUAGCUGAGAUAGAUAACGUCACAACGAUGCACCGAAGCGAGUUCAACAUCAGCCUGUCGAACGGCAAUCAUCCGUUCGCCAAUCUGCGGCCGUCGGGUGGGAUGACCACGUCGACGACGACGAGCAACAACUCGCUGCCCGGCUCGCCGUCGCAGAUACCGGUGCCCAAGUCCUCGGUGCCGGUCAACUCGCGACUGCAGGAGCGCAUCGCCAGUCUCAGAUCGGUCGGCGGCUCCAACAACAAUCUGCAUCAUCAUCAUCAUCAUCAUCAUAAUUUUCAACAGCAGCACCAGCAGCCGCACCAACAAAAACAACAACAACAACAGCAGCUACAGCAGCAAGCUGGUGGUAGAAAAUCGAUGUCGGUGGCGGCGCAGAGGGCUGCCUUCGAAGAGCUCGACGCCGCCGCUGCUAGUGGGGGUGGUGGUGGCAAUGGUAGUAGCAGCGGCAUCGCCAGUCCCUCGAGACUUGCCCGUGCCAACAGUUACCAGCAACAGCAGCAGCAGCAUUUCGAUGCCAACAACAGCGGUAUAAACAGCAGCAAUAGCCCCGGGGGCCUCAAUCACUUUGCUAGUCGCAACAAUCAUCAUCAUUUCAACGGUACUUCGGUCGCAGCAGCAGCAGCAGCAGCGCAAGCACCAACACCAGCAGCACUAAAUAACAGCCUCAACAGGAGCAAUAGCUUCCAGGAGGCCGGAAAGUGGAAGGCGAGGUACGAGGACGCCGAGAGGAAGAGGAAGAUGCUUUUGCAAAAGAGCGAGGCUGUGAGCAGAGAGAACGCGAAUCUCGAAAGAAAGUACCAGCAGCUACUCAAGCAGAAUGGCACGUUGCAGAGCCAGAUGCAGGAGAAGACCGAGAAGCUGGAAAAAAUGCGGACAGUGUCCGAGGCUGUGUGCAAGGAGUACGAGCAGCUCAAACGGCAGUAUCAAGUCGAAACGGGAGCAAUGCACAAGGCCAUGCAGCAAGCGUCUCAAUGGUACAGGCAGAAUCGCGAGCUAAAGAGGCGCUCGCAGGUGAUAACGCAAAAGUACCUGCUAUCGAAUCCCAAUGCUCUGGACGCGGACGAGUUGCCGGACGAGGUCGACAAUCAGUCCGACGACAUAGACCAGCUGCGCGAAACCGUCACAGAAUUGAGUCAAGAAGUAGCCAAGUUGCAAACGGAAUUGAACUCGGCUAGGCUUCAAGAGUUCGAGGCGCAGGAACAAGUGACUCUGCUCACGGCUCAACUGGACGAAGAAAAACAAGCGAGACAAAAUGAUGAGGAAAAGAUGAAGGAAUUAAGACUGCAAAAGGAAAAUAUCGAAAGAGUGACAAAGAUGGUUGCGGAUGAGGUGCAAACUCUCAAGGCCCAGUGCGAUCGCGAGCGUGAGAACGCAAGAUUAGCGAAAAUCGAAUCAGAUCGAAUCCAGAAAGAGCGAAACGUUUUGGCGCAUCAAUCGGCUCUGCUCAUGAUGGACGUAGGCGACGAUCCGUCCGGUCGCUUGCUCGCCGUCCUGCAAGAGGUCGAGACCUUGAAGCGAUCGCUCGAGGAGGAGAAGCAGAACAACGCCGCGCUCAUUCAGCAGCUGCAGGAUCGCCUCGAGGAGAAGGAAUCCAGCGUCGAGUUCGAGAUCGUCGAGGAAAAGCUGAAACUGGCCGAGUCGGAGCUCGAGCUGAUCGUCGAGCGGGCCGAGAGAGCCGAGCGCCAGGUCGAGACGCUCCAAGGCCAACUGCACGAGCUCGAGGCGAAACUCGAGGAAAAGUCCAAGGCACCGCCGCCUCCACCUCCGAUGUUGCCUCCGCCACCUCCGCCACCACCGCCACCGCCACCACCGAUGAUGAUGAUGCCGCCGCCGCCUCCUCCCAUAGGCAACGGCUCGUCCUCGAUCAAACUCAUCACGAGGGAGAGGCUGCAGAACGUGGCCGAGCACAAGGACGAAUCGGCCGUCAACGACAUGGAGAGUAUGCUCGGCAUCGCUCGGAAACAGGCUCCGGCCGCUCAGCAGCCUGCCAUUGACGACAUCAUCAAUCAAAUCAAGGGAGGACGCUUCACCUUAAAGCAAACGGACAAGCAGAGGGAGGAAGAGAGAAAAAGAAAGCAAGAGACGGAAAGCAAGCCACCGGCAUUAUCCGAAAUGUUGAAUAUUUUAGGGACCAUGCGACGAAGGGCCAAGCCCACAAGGACCUCGUUCAAAUUCGCUAACGGACCCUCGUGAUGGAAUUCAGUGAUCAUUAUUAGCUGUAAGCUCGUGUAAAUUAUGUUUUAAUAUUAUAUCAAACUAAGCUAUCAAUACAGACAAAAAAACUUUAAUUUUUAAGAAACUGCCAUCCUUUAUAUGAAGUUACGAACUUGAGGUUUUACUCUUUGUAUAAAUGAUAAUACUGUGAAUGAUUGUUCCCGUUAUUAACAUUCAAAU